AGUGCAUGGGUCUGUAUGUAUUAAUGUAUAAGUGUGUGCAUGCGUGUGACGAGGUCCUACAGGGGAUGGGUAAGAUAUCAAAAUUUCGCCAUUACGCCAUACCAUUCUUUUCAUGAAUAGCUCAAACCAGCUAGACCAAAAACAAUUGAGAUGGAUUAAGCACCUCUUCUGGUUUUGAUUCCAUGGAUCUCUCUCACUUGGUGAAGUUAGGCAGCUGUGUGUAACCUAGGUGCAACCAACCACAGUCUGGCAGGGAUCGGGAAACGACGUGUUCAAACAGUGUCCUGUCUCCUAACGUUACAUCCCGGCGUGCCUAGUCCCCUGCAGGGAUUUUCAAGCCGAGAAUGAAGUGUUUACACCCAAGUUGGACCUGCAUGAUUUAAUUCUAACUCCACACGGGCGUAUUGCUGUUCAUCGGUCUAGACCGCGGUGCCACCUAUUGUGGUUAAUGUAGGAUUUUAGGUUUUGUUACAUUCCAAGAUAUUGUAGGUAUGUAUCUGAUUUCUGACAUCCUGGAAGUGGAACAGUGUGUUCACAGAAGGUAAAUACUCCGAAGAAGAGCUGUGUCUAUCAUAUCUGUUAUGUUGUGCAAUAUUGCUGCUCAUCAUGCGUUAUUUAUAGGCUGGGGACACUUUCCGUACUUACUGUUGGAGAGCCCAGUGCUUGUGUGAGAGUAUGUUUGUGUGAGUCAUGUGUGUUGGAGAUGGGUUAACACUUAUAUCUGGUAACCUUACUACUCAGUGGACGAGAGCUGCACCGGGGGAAUCAGCCAAAUGGAAGAGCACUCGCCUAGCAUGGGAUCAAUGGCAGCAUUUUCCAUAUUGAGAAUGUGAAAGGAACCACCAUGCCCACCACCACACACCUAUCCACGGAGUCCUCCUUCCUGGGUCUCCUUCCCUUCUCCAGCUUCUACCUGGGUCUGGAGCUGGAGCCCACAGUGUCCUCUGCGUUGGAGGGCCUGGCGUCGGUCGACAGCAACGUCAGUCGGCCGAGCAGCCCGCGGUGCACCUACAAGGAGGACUUCAAGCGCAUCCUUCUUCCUGCCGUCUACAGCCUCGUCUUCCUCAUCGGCCUGCCUCUGAACUCGGCCGUCAUUCUGAAGAUAUGGAGGCUGCGCCCCAACCUGUCACGCAACAACAUCUACAUGCUCAACCUGGCCAUGGCAGACUUCCUGUACGUGAUGUCACUUCCUCUGCUGAUAUACAACUAUGCCAGCCAUGACUAUUGGCCCUUUGGUGAGCUUGCCUGCAAAAUGGUCCGCUUCCAGUUCUACAGCAACAUGCACGGGAGCAUCUUCUUCCUCACCUGCAUCAGCCUGCAGAGGUACGUGGGCAUCUGCCACCCCCUGGCCAGCUGGCACAAGGAGGGCGGCCGGCGGCUGGCCUGGAUCGUCUGCUUCGGGGUGUGGCUGGUGGUGGCCAUCCUCUGCGCCCCCACCUUCCACUUCGCCGCCACGGGCACCCAGAGGAACCGCACCGUGUGCUACGACAUGAGCCGGCCCGACCGCUCCCUCGACUACUACCCCUACGGCAUGGCGCUCACCUGCCUGGGCUUCGUGCUGCCCUUCCUGGCCGUGACGGCGUGCUACUGCCGCAUGGCCCUGCUCCUCUGCCGGCCCGCCGCCUACCAGGGCGUGUCGGGCUCGGCGGCGGCGAGCGAGAAGCGGGACAAGGCGGUGCGCAUGAUCGUGGUGGUGGUGGUGGUGUUCGCCGUCAGCUUCCUGCCCUUCCACCUCACCAAGACACUGUACCUGCUGGUGCGCACGCUGCCCGGCGCGCCCUGCGCCACGCGCAACCUCUUCUCCGUGGUGUACAAGUGCACGCGGCCCUUCGCCAGCAUGAACAGCGUGCUGGACCCCAUCCUCUUCUACUUCACCCAGCCGCGCUACCGCCAGAGCACCCGCCGGCUGCUGCGCAGGGUCACCAUGCUCAAGGACAAGGGCACCAGCGUGUGACUGUGUCCAGUGCCGUCCGAUCCCAGAACCAGGGACAGUUUGGCACCGCUCCUUCAACCACGCCGUGACCCAGGUGGUAUGGAGUUCUGCGUAUGGCUGGUAUUCUGCCAGGGCUAGGGGGAAAUAUAUGGAAGAUCUGAACACCAUGAUGAUAUAAGAAGGGAGAUUUAAAUGAUCAAUAUAUGUAUAAAAGUUAGAUGCAGGCAUGGACUGCCACUUCCGUGUUCUGACCACCAGAGGGCGUAUUUGUUCCUUGGCGCUGUAGUACAACUACAUACCUGACCCGCUAUUUCUAAAUUGGAAGCCUCUGGUGGUCAUGGUUGAGUUGAAUUGAUACCAACCUUUUUGUCUGAUGCAGUCGGAUGCAUCCCUUGAUUUUAAUGUGAACAAAAAACGUGUGUGAAUAUGUGAAUGAAAUCUAGACUGCUUAGAAGGGAAGGAGAUGGGGGUUUGAGUUUAGGCUGACCUCUGUGGUUUUCCUCUUCCUGUGUGUGUGUGUGUGUGUGUGUGUGUGUGUGUGUGUGUGUGUGUGUGUGUGUGUGUGUGUGUGUGUGUGUGUGUGUGUGUGUGUGUGUGUGUGUGUGUGUGUGUGUGUGUGUGUGUGUGUGUGUGUGUGAGAGAGACCUUCCCAUGAAACAGAAGUUUCCUUGACUCUGUUUGUGUGCAUGUUGUUCAUACUGACAGAAUGGAAAGACGCACUGCGCUUUUGAAAGAGAUUUUUAGGUUAUAAACCAUGAGGUUUCGAUAUGAACACGUUUUCCAACCUUGCAUAUGAGAUAUAUUCUGGUUCUCACAAUCAAUGACAAUGCUGCAGUCAAAUUCCAUGCUUGUAGAAAAAUGCUCCCGAGCCUAAGAGAAUAAAAAAGUUGUACUGUUUUAUAUUAUCUUGCAUGAGAUGCAAAGUUAAUAAAUAUGAAAGUAGGGAUUAUGUUUUAUGGCUUCAGCCAAUGACUAUAGCUCACAUGCAAAGGUUCUUCAAACCCCAAUAUCCAAAGUCUAUCAAAAAUGGUAUGCAUCUAAAAAAUUAAACACUGCAUGUAACUUUGGAUACAAGUGUCAGUUAAAUAAUAAAUAUCUCUUGGAUCAGGAACUGAACUAAACAUAAGACAAGUUAUGGCAUUACUAAAACAGGAUGGUUCACCCAUAGAUCCAAAAUAACAUGCCAAAAGAUGUAUCUACUGCUUAUAAAUAUAUAUAUUUAUAAAUAUAACCGCAUGUUUACUAAACCAAAAUAAUAUACCUUAUACAGUCGGGCAGCUUCCAUUAUAAGGCAUGAUUGAAUAGCAAGCUAUAGAUCUCAGAAUAUUUAAAAUAUAUUUAUUUCAUAAAUACUGUGAAUGUGUGGGAUUCCUCGAAUGCAUUACACUGAUUAAGAAUGCUGUCAGAUUGAAAGACUGUGUGUGUGUGUGUGUGUGUGUGUGUGUGUGUGUGUGUGUGUGUGUGUGUGUGGGUGUGUGCUUGCGUGUGCACCAUUCCAGCACCAUUUAGAGUUUCUAUAUAAAAGUAUUAUUCUUUUGAGAUAUUAUAUUUUUUUUGUAACGAUUCAGAAUAAAAUAUAAUGACAACAUAUUUUUUAGGUUCUAGUUUGAUUUGUACAUAACUAAUGAGUAGUUGUAAUAUCCUAAAUGUAUGUUUUUUUAUGUAGAUUUAAAUAGAUGCCAGAAUUCAUGUUCUCUGUGUCCCUUAAUUUCAUUAAAGAAAAUGCAUACUAAAUGUACAGACUUUAAGUGACUUACAUGUCACUGGUUAGUUACAAUGAUGUGUAUAGGGCUUGUAAAUUGUGACCUCACAUCCCAAUGUGUCAUUGUUGAGAAAUUAAUCCUGAAAUUAAUUAUCAUUAUGGGGCAACAUUGAUGUGUUUGAAAGG